UUAGACAUCUCUGGAGCCUUCGACAUCGUCAUACGGAACCGCCUCAUCCUAAGACUCAGGGAGCAAAGCUGGCCUAUACUCUUUAUAAAGUGGGUCAAGUCCUUCAUAAGCGACCGCAAGGCACUGGUCCACAACGGAUACAGCACAACUCUCCCAAAAACGGAACUGGAAUACAGGGCCCCUCAAGGCUCGCCCAUUUCACCAAUCGUUUCUAUACUCUACUUCUCCCCCAUCCUAAAAAUCAAUAACCCCAACGUACGCUUCAGAUACACCGACGACGUAGCAAUCCUCGCAGUCGGGGCCGAUACUAAAGAGACGACCAGGAAACUCCAAUGGGAGCUUUAA